AUGUCAUUAUUCCAUAGACGAUUUGGACGAAAAAAUUUAUCAUCAAAAAAACGAUUGAAAUCAACAGACACAUCAAACGCUCAAAGUAUAAUUAUAAAUCAAUAUAAUGAUCAAUCCUCAUCAUAUGAAUCGAUCUUCUCAGCGUCUGUUUCAUCGUUCGAUUAUCAACAACCACCUGUUAUUGACACACGAUGUCUAACGUUACAUAAUCCAAAAAAUCGACUAUCGACAUCGUCUACGUCAUCGUCUUCGCUGUUAUCUCGAACAUUUUCACAGCAGCAACAACAACAGUUUCGCUCAACACCAAACGACAAUGAUUGUAUAUCAGUUUCCAGUGAAACUAUUAAUAAUGGUAAACAUUCUAAAAGACCAAAAUUGAACAAGAAUUUUAUUCAUGAAAAAGAAAAUAAAUCUCCAUUCCAAACAGAUAAAUCAUUAUCAAAUGACAUGGACAAAACAAGUAUUCUAUCUGUGGAGGAUUUGUACAAAGAAGCAUUGUCCAAUUAUAAAUUAGAACUAGAGUUAUCAAAAACGAAUGGAAAUAAAGAACAAGAAUGUCAGUUAACAUCAUUUAUUGGAAAUACAUUAGCCAUGUUAGGACAAUACGAUAGUGCUAUUGAAUGGUUUCAAACAUAUUUGAAUUUAACAAAAGAAAUAUUGAAUAAAGAUGAAGAAGCCAAAGCAUUAUAUUAUCUCGGAUUAAUGUAUCAUUUUAAAGGAAAAGAGUUGUUGAAUGUAUAUGGGCAAUUGAAUAAUGAUAUUGAUAUUCUGUUACGACAGUCAAUAAAAUAUUAUGGUUAUAGAAAUAGGAAUGAAAAAGAAGUCCAUAUUGAUUAUGAUAAUGGCACUAUGCCAGAAAAGAAACAAGUUGAUGAGACAUCUUAG